AUGCCUUUCCUCAGCCUCCCCAACGAAAUACUGCUCCUUGUUACCGAAAAUCUCACAGAGAAUCCUCAAGACCUUUAUCAUCUCCUUUCCACCUCUCACCACCUCUACCAUCUAACCAUCUCUCGCUUCCACCGCCUUGCUCACCUGCCAAAAGAUGGUGAACCUGCACUCCACUGGGCUGCUAGACGGGGACAUACUUCACUUCUGCUGCUUCUAUUAGCUCAAGGUGUAGACGUCAAUCUUCGGAACAAAGCUGUCUCCGAGGAGACAGCCUUACACUCUAUAGUAGACGUCAAGGCAGCCCCCAUGAUAACGAGGACCCUCCUAAAGCACGGUGCUGGAGUGAAUCUACAAGAUGUAGCAGGAAUAACCACUCUUUCGAAGGCCAUGAUAUUCCAGAAAUACGAACUUGUGAAGGCUCUACUGGAAGAGGCCGACAUUGAUGUCAAUAUCCCCGACAACAAAGGCAUCACUGCCCUACACUGGGUCGUUAUUGGGGGUCGAGGCUUCAGCAGAGCCGAGGAAGUCAUCAAGCUUCUACUCUCCAAAGGAGCAUACAUCGACCAACAGGAUCAUAGCAACAUGAGCGCCCUCUACCACGCCAUGUCCCGGAGCCACAGGCCCACCGUCCGGCUUCUUCUCCACAAUGGUUCUAACCUCUUUCUGCAGCGCGAGCUGGGUUACAUUGGGAUCAGGCGUGCAGUGAUGCACAACGACACCGAAAUGGUUGAGCUUUUUCUGCAGCAGAAAGGCGCGGACGUGAAUUAUCGGGACCAGAGCGGGAAGACUCUGCUGCACUGUGCGGCAAGCUUGACAAUUAAUGAGGAGGGAUGGGAUUUGAAGAAUGUUAUUAAGCUGUUGGUGGAGAAGGGGGCGGAUCCGAGAAUUCAAGAUAACUGUGGGGCUGUGCCGCUCGCGUUGGUGAGGAGCCCGAGUGAUGAAAUCAAGAGGUUGCUAGAUCCUAGGACGGAGGUGGAUACUUGUACAGUCCCAACUCCUCAAUAUCCCGAACCUCCAAGAUACGAAGAAUUUCGCAUAGCAAAUUGA